AAACAUACGGGGAAAAAAAAUGAAGAAGAGACUGGUACUUUGUUUCCUCUGUGCUAUUUUACUCUUUAUCUUGAUGAUCUCGACCGAUAGCGAUUUCAUUCAACACGCAUGGCCAAUCAGCGACUCGAACAACAUUAUGUGCUACGAAGAAGCUAGCACACCUGGUGGCCUUCCGGAUUUCGAUUCGGAAUCGGAAAGGCCGAUGACGGACAGGAAUAUCUUCUUCCACGAGACAUCAUGUUUCAACGAGGAUGGUUUGGUGCUGAACACCCGCCAGGCGUGCGCCGUCGAAUCCGCGGCGAAAAUGAAUCCCAACAUGAACGUGUACCUGCUGUUCGUCUCUCCCUCGAAGAUCUCGAAUCAAUCGAGGGAAAUUUUCAAUCAGCUACAGACAUAUUUAAAUAUACGAAUCAGGCACAUCUAUCCGGAGAAGUACAUGAAGGACACGCCUCUGGAUUCGUGGUACAGAAGCGGUGUGUUGAAGGAGAGUCGAUGGCCAAGGAGUCACAUGUCCGAUAUCCUUAGAUAUCUAACACUUUGGAAGUACGGAGGAAUAUACUUGGAUCUGGAUGUGGUUGUCACAACAUCGCUUGAACGUUUAACAAAUUUCGCCGGUGCCGAGGACUGGAACCACGUAGCCGCCGGUGUAAUGGGAUUCGACGUAACGGAGAUUGGACGUUUGAUGGCGGACACAUGUAUUCGCGAUAUGAAGGCGAAUUUCCGUGGAGAUAUCUGGGGCAACAAUGGACCUGGAGUAAUCACCAGGACGGUACAGAAGAUUUGUUCUGCGAAACAUAUUCGACAUAUGACCACCACACGGUGUCGUGGCUUCAAAGUUUUCGCUCCAUCGGCCUUUUACCCGGUACAUUACAAGAAAUGGAAGAUGUAUUUCGAGACGAAAGACAUGAACACAACUAUGAAAAUGGUAGAGAAAGCGAGGGCCAUUCACGUGUGGAACAAGCUCAGCAAGUUCGAGGAAGUGCGCGUGGACAGCAAUGUUCCGUACGCAAUUAUCGCGCGCAAACAUUGCCCAAAAAUUUUCAACAGUUGUAGCAACGUAUUUUGA